AUGGCAYUAUCGGAUUUCUAUGCUCGUAAUGGUGGUUGCAGAACAAGGAUUGUUAUCCACACAAGGGAUUCCAAGGGAGAUCGAUUACAAGCUAUAUCAUCUGUAGUUGAUCUUCUGAAUACCGUUAAGGUGCACACAAUCAUAGGCCCAGAAACAUAUAUCGGAUCAGAGCUACUGGGUUCAUUCACUGAUAAACCCAAAGUUCCCAUCUUUUGUUUUGCUUGUAAAUCCUUAAUGCGAUAUCCUUACAUGUUCCAAAUUAAAGAAGAUGAAUUCGCCAUGGCCAAAAGCAUUGCUGCUGUUAUCGAGUCAUAUAAAUGGAGAGAUGUUAUCUUUAUGCAUGAGGACGCUAAUCAUGGAUCAGAUCUGUUACAAUAUCUGUUGGAAUCAUUCCAGGACAAAAACAUACGAAUUACUUAUAGAAGCGUUGUUUCUGCCUCYGCCAAACAUGAUCAAAUCAAUCAUGAGUUGCAUAAGCUCAUGAGUGUUCAUACAACUGUGGUUAUCGUAGAUCUAUCACCUUCACUAGCAUCCAGGGUUUUUCUAAAUGCAAAGAGGUUAGGAAUGAUGAGCAAAGAAUAUGCAUGGAUUUUAACUCAAAAAACCAUUGAAAUCUUGCAAUCAGAUGAAUUUGAAGUUAUCGAGUCGUUGCAAGGARCACUUGGUUUUCGGUCUUAUAUUCCAGCAUCAAGCAGGCUGCAUUUCUUAACAAAAAGAUGGAAAGAAGAGUUCUMAAGAGAAGUGCCUAUGCUURCCAUUUGGGCGUAUGACACAAUAUGGGCACUUGCAGAGUYUAUURAGAGGGUUGGAGUCCCACAAAAUGGUUCAAUACUACUAAGUGAAAUUUUGAAGAUCAAUGGAUUUAAAGGUAUGAGUGGAGAGUUUCGGCUCAGUGAACGAAAAAUGAUGUCCAAUGGAUUUGAGAUCGUAAACGCAAUCGACUAUGGAGAGAGGAAAGUGGGAUAUUGGACAUCGUUAAAAGGAAUCAGGAGAGCGCACCAGCAGUUAAACAAUGUUGCUCUACAUUCUCGUAUUAAUAUAGAAGAUGUUAUUUGGCCUGAAGGGUCUACAACCACUCCAAAAGGUUGGACAAUACGAGUGGGUCCUCGUAAAAAGUUAAGAAUUGGUGUCCGAACUGGACUAAAAUUUAAGGACUUCGUAAAUGCAGUUCAUGAUGAUAAAACAAAUGUCACAAAUGCCACUGGGUUUUCUGUUGAGGUUUUCCAGGCUUGCAUUUAUGCAUUACCAUAUGAAGUGCCUUACGAAUUCAUUCCAUUUGGGAAUGGAAGUUACGACGCACUUAUAGAUAAGGUCUAUAAGAAGGAAAUUGAUGGGGUCCUAGGCGAUUCAACGAUUCUGGCCAACAGAUCCGAACUUGUUGAUUUCACAGCAACUUACUCCGAUCUUGGUUUAGGAACACUGGCAAAAAUCAAGAGAAAAGACAUGUGGAUCUUCUUGAAGCCAUUGGGUGCAAAUCUAUGGCUAACUGUUGCUGCUUUGUCAUCUUCACUGGCUUCAUUGUGUGGGCUAUUGAAGCUAUGAAUCAAGAAUCAGAAAUCUCAUCAUCUCAACGAAUUGGAACGAUCUUUUGGCUCAUCCUAUUGAGCAUCUUUUCAGCUCAAAAAGAGAAGUUGUCAAGCAACCUGUCGAGAUUUGUGAUUUUUUCUUGGUUAUUCGUGGUUCUUAUCUUGAUUACAAGUUACACGGCAACAUUGUCCGCACUGAUGACAGUUGAACAGUUUGAACUAGCUUCAAAAGGAGGAAUUGUGGGGUUUCACGGUGGGUCUUUCUUUGGRGGAGUGACAGUCAASAAUAUGAACUUUACUGAUUCGAAGCAAARAUCAUAUUAUACCUAUGAUGAUUAUGCUGAGGCGUUAUCAAAAGGUGGAAAGAAUGGUGGCGCUGAUGCCAUUGUUGAUGAAGUUCCUUACAUCAAGAUGUUCCUUGGCAUGUACCCUACUGACUAUGCCAUGG